AUGAACAAAAACGGAACAGCUAAAAUGAAUGAUAAUCAAAUAAGAGCCGAAGGUAGAAGGUUAUUUAAACGCUUCUAUAACAUUCCUGAUGGUGUUAAUCCUAAAACUCGUAGAAGCUAUUUAAAUGAAGCAAUAGAUGCAUAUGAAGGGUUUGACAUUUCAUCAGAAAGUGAGAGGUUAGCAAGAAUGUUAAACGUUAAUAUUGAUUUUUAUUAUUGUGACCCUCAACCAGAAGACGUAGACAUUAACAAGGUAGACUUUCCAUUAGUGGAAUCAAUAAUGAUAGAUCCAGAAUUUGAAACAGUAAAUAUUUUAUUAACACAGAGUCCAUGUGGAAAACUUCACGCUGACAGAAUAACAGACGUUGAAGCACUCACAGGAUAUAAAGUUUGCCCCUUUUGCAAAGAAGAAGUUUAUUCUAUCCGUGAUGACCCAGAAAGGAAAAACCAAAGAAGAUUUUUAAAGCAUUGUGAGAAAUGUAAAGAAAAUAAUGGAAGAUUAAUUCAAGACGUUCAAUUGCAAAACACACAACAACCAUAUGCACCACAUAUCACGAAACAGAAGAUAUAUCAAUGGCUAUUAGCUCACAAUUUGCAGGAAUAUUAUAAACCAACAAGAUAUUAUAUUACUUUUGACUUCGAAACAUUAGAGACUAAAGAAGAACUUCAACUUUCUGAAUGUGCAACUUUGAACGCUUACUUAAAACCAUUUAUGGUAUCAUCAACUGUCAAAAUAAAGCCGCAAACGGACCGAAGCGGCGAGGUCGUAGACCGUGAUAAAACAUUUACGAGGAAUUUUUGCUUAACAUCAAGUGAUUCGUUCAUCUCUGAUUGGAUUGAAUUUUUAUUUUCAACCUGUUCAUUAGUUGCUAAAUCAAAUAUUGAACAAUAUGAAGAAUUAAUGAAGCCGCAAACGGACCAAACGGCGGGGACUUUGUCCCAUACAUUAAAUGAAAAACAGAAGGAAGCAUUUAAAGAACUUCUAGAUGAGGAAUUCAAUAAAGUGAAUAUCAUAGGUUUUAAUUCGGGAAAGUUUGAUUUAAAUUUAAUUCUUCGUGAUUUAAACACUGCAAAAUGGAAAAUAAAAUCAAUGCUGGGUUCUUCUUCUCAAUUUAAGCAAAUCAUUGUAAAGAAAACAAACUGUCCAUAUGAAUUAAGAUUUAUUGACAUCAGAAAUUAUAUAGCGGGUGGAACAUUAGACCAAUUCACUCAAGAUUUCGGAAACAAUAAAUCACGUGUUAAAUCCUUUUUCCCUUAUCAAUUCAUCACAUGGGAGAAUUACGAAGAUGAAUUAUAUAAAGUGGAACCAUUCACUCAAGAUUCAUUUUAUUCAGCAUUAACUCAAGAAACAAUAUCCGAUUCAGAUUAUCAAAUAUAUCUCAAUGAUGCUAAAAAUUUUGAGAAUAGAUUAGAAUAUUUUAUUCAUUAUUGCAAUAAAGACGUUGAAAUUAUGAUUGACCCAAUUGAUAAAAUUAUUGAAGAAACAUUUGUUUAUAAAAUUGACAUGCUCCAUAAUCUUUCUUUAUCAUCGAAUGCAUCAAUGAUUCGUUACGCGUUAGCAUAUAAGAACUUCAAUCCUAACGAAACAUAUCCAGAAGAAGAAAAUGUGGAAUCAAGUUUUGAAUUAACAAAAAAGUAUUGGAAAUAUAAAAUUGAUUCAUAUAAGAAACAAGAUGAAAAAGCAGAAAGGGAUACUAAAAACAAUGUUUCAAUGGAUGACUAUCAAUACUAUCACGAUUUAAUCCUUUCAUCUAAAUGCAAAAUGUGUGGUAAAGC